AAUCUUCAACUUUCCUGUAAGUUGUGUUACCAUCAUGUACCAGUAGAGGGCAGUGUGUAUUCAUGUAAUUUGAGACAACGAUCACAAGAAGAAGAAUUCCCCCCCCCAUUGAAUCCUCAUGGAAGGUUUAGCUGGUAAUGUCUUUUAGUAGUGUAACGUAUUUACCGUAUUGUGCUUGUCGUUUCGCUGAACAGAGUUGAACAAAGCGGCUUGAAGAUGGUGCAGCUGCAUGUGAAGCGUGGAGAUGAAAGUUUGUUUCUCUUCAACACCACGGUGGACGCGACUGUUGAGACUGUGAUCCAACAAAUUACAGCUGUUUACAACGGGAGACUCAAAGUGGACAGGAUAUGUUCAGAGAUCCCGGAGCUUGCAGACCAUGGCAUCAUACUGCCAACUAAUAUGCAGGGGCUGACAGAGGAGCAGAUUGUGGACCUGAAACUGAAGGACGAAUGGGAAGACACGUGCGUGCCCAGUGGAGGGCCAGUAUUCAAGAUGGAUGAAGUUGGAAGGAGGAACGGACAUGCUCCAAAUGAUAAAAUGAAGCAAGUGUUAAUGAAGACAGUCGAGGAAGCAAAGGCUCUGAUAUCCAAGAAACAAGUCCAAGCUAACGUUUGUGUCACUAAAGAGAUGAUUAAAGAAGCCCUGGAUCAGCUAAGGGGUGCAGUUAUGAUUGUUUAUCCUAUGGGACUGCCCCCUCAUGACCCUAUCAGGAUGGAGUUUGAGAACCAGGAAGACCUUACAGGAACACAGGCAUCCCUGCAGGUGAUCACAGAGGACGAGUGCCAGCUCUGGUGGGCUGCCAAAGAGAUCCAGAGAGGGAAGAAACUGCAGGACUACAUAGGAAAAAAUGAAAAGACCAAACUUGUGGUUAAAAUCCAAAAGAAUGGACAGGGGGCACCAGGGAGAGAACCUCUGGUCAAUGAUGAGCAGCAUAAACAGAUGAUGAUGCAUUUCUACAGGAGGCAGGAAGAGCUUAAGAAACUGGAGGAGGCGGACGAUGACACCCACAUGGACUCAGAGUGGUCGGACAGACAGGCUCUCAAAAAGCAGUUUCAAGGCCUCACCAACAUCAAAUGGGGACCAAGAUAAAGGAAACUCUAAUUCUGGUUUUUAUUUGAGGUCUUCAAGAGAAUAUAAUGUACAGCCAAUGUGUUUAUAUGCCUCGUUUCUCCACUUACAUCCCAAAAAAGAGAAUAUAAUGUACAGCCAAUGUGUUUAUAUGCCUUGUUUCUCCACUUACAUCCCAAAAAUCUGAAUAAAGUAUAGGGACAAAUAAUAUGACACGACAGCUAUUACAGAUUUAUUUUAACUUGAAUGGGAUUUCUGUAUUCCUUUACAGAUACUUUUUGCUCUUUCUUUAAAACUAAUUUAAGCUAUAAAUCCAAAAUUAAAUUGGUGUUCGAUCCUGAGUUACUGUGUUUUUAAGUGUGUUCUAAAACGUGUUGACAUUCAGUGUAGCCCGGGAGGUAGUGACUCAGCUGGAACACAGUGUAACAUCCAUCGGAGUGCAGGGACAAGGAUGCUACACCUUUCCUCUCUUUGUCUCCAAUCAUUGACACACACGCUCCUCUUAAAGUCAGGAUGUUGCCACAAAGUGCUAUGGUUGUUCCAGCUCAUUUUUCCAGCCUUAAAUCACUGGAGGGUUGAAAUGUGAGCGCACAUUAACGGAGCCAAUUCAGUAAUUCAGAGGUGCAGCCGGGUUUAAGGAACACUUCAUACCAACAAAAAAAAAAACAUCCUGUACGCAAGGACAUGUAGAUCCCAAGAAUAAUAUCACCUUUAAUACAUUCACUUCAGGUGUUUUUUUAAAGAGACAUGUAUCAGUUAUGGCAUGAGGAAAUAUUGUUGUACCUGGUACAAACCACUGCCAUUUUUUUUUACCAUAACAAACCAUUACAAACUACAGGGAGCUGGAGAGGAGAGCCAACACAGUGUUUCAUGGUCACUUUUGAGCUUUAGUAACAGAUACAAUUCCUUCUUCCAUUCUUUGGUUUACUGCUGGAGCUGCUUUGUGAUCCAUUGGUGAAUCAGAGGAGCAGUGUUCUUAAAUUUCAUUAAUGUGUCAUCCCCUGGUAGUUCCAAAGGUUGGCUUAUUUCUGAAUGAGUCAGCAACAAAAACAGAUCAUUUAAGUAUCUGGAUAGAUCGCCGUCUGUCAAAAAUCCUUUGAGAGAAAUGAAUAGAUUUUUUUUUUUAAAUAUCUCUUUCCUGCCACUUCCAUUGUGUCGGAUCAAUUUCUUAAACUCUCUGCUGAACUGUUUACUCAAUCAUAGGUUUAUUGAUGACAGUGUAGCCAACUUACUUCCAGUUAUUUAUUUUUUUUUUACUUCCUGUCAUUCUUCCCAAUAAAAAGAAGCCAGCAGGCUGCUGGGCCUUUUUCCA